AUGGCUGAAGAGGGACAAGUGAUCAGUUGCCACACCGUUGAGGCCUGGAACGAACAGCUUCAGAAGGGCAACAACGACGCACAAAAGCUGAUUGUGGUAGACUUUACUGCUUCAUGGUGUGGACCCUGUCGCUUCAUUGCUCCAUUCUUGGCAGAAUUGGCUAGGAAACUCCCUACUGUCACCUUCCUCAAAGUGGAUGUGGAUGAGUUGAAGACGGUUGCUCAAGAUUGGGCCGUGGAGGCAAUGCCAACUUUCAUGUUCCUGAAAGAAGGAAAGAUUGUUGAUAAGGUUAUUGGGGCAAAGAAAGAAGAGCUGCAGCAGACCAUUGCUAAGCACAUAAGCGCUGCUACUGCAAGCUCCUGA